CUUUGGAAGCAUGUCGGUGCAGGAGAAUGUGCCCCCCCAGCAGCCUUUGUCAUGGAUCUCUAAGUCCCAGAGGGACUUGGCAGUGUCCAUCCUGAUUGGGGCUCCAGGAGGGCCAGCGGGGUACCUGCGGCUGGCCAGUGUCGCCCAAUUGAACCAGGAGCUGGGCGCUGCCUUCUUCCAACGGCAACAGUUGUCAGCUGCUAUGGCAGACACCUUCCUGGAGCACCUCUGCCUGUUGGACAUCGACUCAGAGCCCGUGGCCGCUCGCAGUACCAGCAUCAUUGCCACCAUCGGGCCGACCUCUCGCUCCGUGGAGCGCCUCAAGGAAAUGAUCAAGGCCGGGAUGAACAUAGCGCGACUCAACUUCUCCCACGGUUCCCACGAGUAUCACGCCGACUCCAUCGCGAACAUCCGGGAGGCGGUGGAGAGCUUUGCGACCUCCCCGCUCACCUAUCGGCCGGUGGCCAUUGCCCUGGACACCAAGGGCCCGGAGAUACGCACUGGGAUCCUCCGGGGGGGCCUAGAUUCGGAGGUGGAGCUAUCGAAGGGCUCCCAGGUGCUGGUGACCGUGGACCCGGCAUUCCGGACGCAGGGGGACGAGAACACCGUGUGGCUGGACUACCCCAAUGUCGUCCGGGUCGUGCCAGUGGGGGGCCGCAUCUACAUUGACGACGGCUUCAUCUCCCUUGUGGUCAAGAAAAUCGGCCCAGAGGGGCUGGUGACCGAAGUGGAGGACGGCGGCGUCCUGGGCAGCCGAAAGGGCGUGAACUUGCCGGGCGUCCAGGUGGACCUGCCUGGACUGUCUGAUCAAGACAUCCGGGACCUGCGCUUCGGGGUGGAGCAUGGCGUGGACAUCGUCUUUGCCUCCUUUGUCCGGAAGGCCAGUGACGUGACGGCUGUCCGGGCUGCUCUGGGGCCAGAGGGGAAGGGCAUCAAGAUUAUCAGCAAAAUCGAGAACCACGAAGGCGUGCAGAAGUUUGAUGAAAUCCUGGAGGUGAGCGACGGCAUCAUGGUGGCCCGAGGUGACCUGGGCAUCGAGAUCCCAGCUGAGAAGGUCUUCCUGGCUCAGAAGAUGAUGAUCGGGCGCUGUAACUUGGUCGGCAAGCCGGUGGUCUGUGCCACACAGAUGCUGGAGAGCAUGAUCACUAAGCCCCGGCCAACACGGGCAGAGACGAGCGACGUGGCCAACGCUGUACUGGAUGGGGCCGACUGCAUCAUGCUGUCGGGGGAGACUGCCAAGGGCAGCUUUCCCGUGGAGGCCGUAAAGAUGCAGCACGCGAUCGCCCGGGAGGCGGAGGCUGCAGUCUACCACCGGCAGCUGUUUGAGGAGCUGCGCCGGGCAGCGCCGCUGAGCCGUGACCCCGCUGAGGUCAUCGCCAUUGGUGGGGUGGAGGCUUCCUUCAAGUGCUGUGCGGCCGCUAUCAUCGUACUCACCACGAGCGGCCGCUCAGCCCAGCUUCUUUCUCGGUACCGACCUCGGGCUGCAGUCAUUGCUGUCACACGUUCUGCCCAGGCUGCCCGCCAGGCCCACCUAUACCGGGGAGUCUUCCCCUUGCUCUACCGUGAACCUCCAGAGACCAUCUGGGCAGACGAUGUGGAUCGCCGGGUCCAAUUUGGCAUAGAAAUUGGAAAGCUCCGUGGCUUCCUCCAUGUUGGGGACCUGGUGAUUGUGGUGACGGGCUGGCGGCCUGGCUCUGGCUAUACCAACAUCAUGCGGGUGCUGAGCAUAUCCUGA